AUGACUCCUGUCGUGUACACCGAACCGGUGUUUCCACUCCAGCGCUUUGGUCAGCGCCUCGUACGCCGAGUCGGCCGACCCCUUGUCCAACACAAACCUCUCGACCUGCCAGUCCUCGCACCGGACCCUUUCCACGUCUAUCUCGUGGUACAGGUGCGGGUUGGCGUCGGCUGCGCACAGGAAUCUCCGGCGCACCACUUCAACCACCGUCUCAUUUGUCACUCUUGCGAUUUACGCGUAUCGGAUACUCCCGUAAAGAUGAUAGUCAACACUGGAGGGACCGCAACAUAAAUGAGGCAAAAGUG